CUUGAAGGUGAUUAUAAGUGGAACGAGCUCCUUAAUUUAAAAACCCAUUUAGGAGCAUGGUAUCUAAAAAUGCGAUUACUAGAGUGUGAUAUAAAUAUUAGUUACAUCUGGGCUGGCUUAUUCCAACUACCAAGAUGGGUAAAACUACACUCCUGAUUAUAGCUGCCUUGUCGUUGUGUCUCUGUGAAGCAGGUGUGAUUAAAGAAGAUGAAGGUCUCCAGUCCAACCUAGUGAUUUGUCCGACUCCGCCAACUACUACAAGUAACUUGCUGAUUGACACAGAAAUAAAUGAGCCUGCCCACUGGGGAGUAAUAGAAAGAACGUACGCCUACCCGGAAGCAGGAUUCUUUUCAGCCAAAAUCGCCUGUAUUCUGGUACAGGAUUUGUCCACUGAUGGAAAAGGUGGCACCGUUUCAACUGUCGAGGGAGGACUAAAUGCAAUGCGACUAGUAAUCAAGCUCAGGUCAACCUCUGGACAUGGACUACACUACAGAAUUCAAAUAUAUUCAUAAUAAUGAGAAACUUAUUUCAAGUCAUUAAACCACAUUUGUGAAAUAUUAGUUUUUAUUUCUAUUAUUACCAUUUUGCACAAACUGCUUAAGUUACAUCGAAGUAAGACAGCUCAAGAUGCCAUCUAUUACCAGAAUGGACCAGCAGGCUGUCUCUUGGUAUAUUACUAUACUAUAACUAUCUAAAAC